AUGUUUCCAACUCCGCUGGCUACGAAACCGCUGGUGGUGGAUCGAAACGGACAGUUCAGAGAAAAAGACACGGGGAGAGUGUUCAGGAUGCAUGGAGUCAACUUUGCCUCUAAUACGAAGAUGCCGGAGGAACCAUGUCAGAAUAGUAACAUGGACCCGGAGCACUGCGGUUUCUACGAGCGUGCUGACACGGUAACGUUCGUCGGGAAACCGUUCCCCUUAAACGAAGGGUACCAGCACUUGUCCAGAAUCAAGCAGUGUGGUUUCAACACGAUAAGGUUUGUGACGACCUGGGAGGCCAUAGAGCAUGAGGGUCCUGGAAUAUACGACUUAGAGUACGCUGACUACUUGGUGGGCUUUCUAAAGCUCAUCGAUGAAGUCGGUGGGUUGUAUGUAUUCAUUGAUCCUCACCAGGACGUGUGGUCGAGGUUUAGUGGCGGCAGUGGGGCUCCCAUUUGGACGCUCUAUGCGGCAGGAUUAGAACCCCGUAACUUUGAAAAGACAGUUGCCGCCAAGCUUCACAAUUUGGCCAUAGAUCCGCAAAACUUUACCAAGAUGGUCUGGGCGACUAACUACAACAGACUAGCCUCGGAGGUAAUGUUUACUCUGUUCUUCACGGGUUCUGUGUUUACCCCGAAAGCAAAACUGGAUGAGGAGAACAUUCAGUCAUAUCUCCAGAGGCAUUUCAUAGAAGCAUUCGCAUUUCUUGUUAGCCGGAUCAAGUCUGAGAUCCCACAUGUAUUUGAUACGUGCUUUCUUGGUAUCGAAAGUAUGAAUGAGCCGAACAGCGGUUUCUACGGGUAUGCUGAUUUGCACCAGUGUCCUCCACACCAAGAACUUAAGUUAGACGAAACGCCUACCCCAAUUCAGUCAUUGAGGUUGGGUAUGGGCUUCCCGGAAGAGGUCGAUAUGUAUUCCGUGAGCAUCUUUGGGCCUUCGAAAAUAGGUAGGAGGUGGUGUGAUCCUGAAGGUACUAAAGCGUGGGUGACUGAAAAUGAUAAUAAGGACAAGCAUUAUGGCUUCAAAAGAUCCCCAGACUGGAAAUUAGGAGAGUGCAUAUUUGCACAGCAUGGGGUGUGGGACACAAUAACUGGAGAGUUGAUCAUGCCAGACUAUUUCAAGGUCCAUCCAGAAACCGGGGAGUAUUUGGAUGAGUCAACGUUUAUCAACGGCCCCUUUUUGGAUUUCUGGUUGAAGUUCAAGCAAAGAAUGAGGGAAAUUGAUGAAGAAAUGUUUAUAAUCAUGCAACCACCUGUUUUACAAAUUCCACCUGUAAUAAAACACAAUUCGGAAUAUCUUGAUGACAAAACGGUCGUCGCAUUGCACUACUACGACGGUAUGUCUUUGUUGUUCCAGAAAUGGAACAGAAUGUUGAAUGUGGAUACGCUUGGGAUCAUGAGAGGAAGGUAUUUGAAUCCUGUGUUUGGGUUAGUUCUAGGAGAGUCCAAUAUACGUAAAAGUAUACAAAAGCAGUUGAAAUCCAUGGCAACAGAAAGUCACCAGAAUGUGGGCUAUAAUGUGCCCGUGAUAUUUACCGAGACCGGGAUGCCUUUCAAUAUGGAUAACAAAAAAUCGUAUGAGGAUGGGAACUAUACCUCCCAAGAGGCUGCCAACGAUGCAAUCCUUUCGGCACUUGAAAGAGAACAGUUGGACUUCACGUAUUGGUGUUACAACCCUGACAACUGCCAUGAUUGGGGGGAUUUGUGGAAUCUAGAGGAUUUCUCAAUAUGGUCCAAGGAUGAUUUACCUGGUCUGCAACUGCAAGAUGGUGAUACCGAAUCAACAUAUUCUCACUCGAAUUCAUCAAUCAAUAAAGAACUUGUAAGAGAAAUCACACAUAGCUAUACAGAUUCUAACGGAAAAAGCAGUGGAAAUGAUUGGUCGAGUCAGCUGAAUAUUGAUUUGUCAGGAGGUGUACGUGCUAUCAAUGCCAUCAUACGUCCAAUUCCAUUACUGGUGAAUGGAGAUGUCAACAUGUGCGAGUUUGAUAUGACGUCGAAGUCGUUCCAUUUGGAAAUAUCCAAUGCCAGGUUUCAAAGCGGGGAGCCUUCUCCUAGCAUCAUUGUGAUACCUGAACAGCACUAUUCGAACAACAAUUUCCGUAUACGGGUGUCUUCUGGAGAUUUUGAGUUGAGACAAAAUCCUAUAAUGCAAUGGGUUGAAUGGAACCAUAGCGAAUCUUCUGACAAGGUUGUCGUUAUGGAUGUUACGGCAAUCGAUGAGUAUGCUGAUGAUGUGAUUUUCAAAAAAAAUGAUUGCGGUUCUUUAAAAGCCUUUGCCUGUGGAUAUUUAUCAACGGAAUAA